UUCAAGCCCCAGAGUAUCGCAGCCGCUUUUCUGCUUUUCAUCGGGCCUGUCUGUUUCACAACUACGCAACUAUUUGACCAAAAUGCCUGCCAGACAAUUCUUCGUGGGGGGAAACUGGAAGAUGAAUGGAGACAAGAAAAGUCUGGGAGACCUCAUCACCACACUGAACACAGCCGCUCUCAAUGACCAAACAGAGGUGGUAUGUGGAGCGCCAACCAUUUACCUGGACUUUGCCAGGUCCAACUUGGAUGCCAGAAUUGGCGUUGCUGCUCAGAACUGCUACAAGGUGGCCAAGGGGGCUUUCACUGGAGAAAUCAGCCCAGCCAUGAUGAAGGAUUGCGGCAUUGACUGGGUGAUUCUGGGCCAUUCAGAAAGGCGCCAUGUCUUCGGGGAGAGUGACGAGCUGAUUGGCCAGAAAGUGGCCCAUGCCCUGGAAAAUGACCUGGGGGUGAUUGCCUGCAUUGGCGAGAAGUUGGAGGAGAGAGAGGCAGGGACGACGGAAAAGGUUGUCUUUGAACAGACCCAAGUUAUCGCAGAUAAUGUGAAGGACUGGAGCAAGGUGGUCUUGGCCUAUGAGCCGGUGUGGGCUAUUGGCACAGGGGUGACGGCCUCGCCUCAGCAGGCUCAAGAGGUGCAUGAGAAGCUGAGGCAGUGGAUGAGGGAGAACGUCUCAGAGUCUGUGGCUGAUUCUGUUCGCAUCCUUUAUGGAGGAUCGGUCACCGGGGGCAACUGCAAGGAGCUGGCGUCCCAGCCCGACGUGGACGGCUUCCUGGUGGGUGGAGCCUCCUUGAAGCCUGAGUUUGUUGACAUCAUCAAUGCGCGCGGAUAGACAUGCUGAAGCCACACAUAAGAACAGAGGCUUCCUCUGACUGCACUAUCUAUCAUGAAGACAACUGGGUCCAGGCGUGACGCGCACACACACACACGCACACAUAACCGUCGGUCGCCCAUAUCUGUCUUUUAAGUUUGGUGUGUAUGCAUGCAUGCUUGCUUGUGUAUGUGAGGUGUUUUAAGUAUGUCUCAGUUAAUGGUUUGUGCUUCGAGUUGUCCUCUACUAGACGUGAUGACUGGAGUUGUACCCUGUUUAUAUUGCUGUGUUUCUAGUUCGAAAAGCUCCUUCGGCAAUGACAACAAACCCUGCCCUCACAUAUUGCUGAGUAAAUGUAAUCAAGAUGUAUUAUGCAUAGCACAGUCAGGCACUUUUAUUGUGACGCAGCUCUGUAGACGCAGCAUAGCGUUAACGGAGGGCUGUAUUACCCAUUUGAGCAAUCUGAACAAACUACUGAAGGAUGGAACGUACGUGUAGCUGAACAGGGUCUAUUCACACAGGAUUUCCUGUGUGCAUACUGUGUGUGUAAGAGGUAUGGGAGUAUGUCCUCUGCUGUACUGUUUGUCUAAUCACUGAAAUCACUCCAAAACACUGAAACGAUUACAUGCAUCCUUCUAACCAGCCAGCAAAAGAGUACCUCACUCGACUAAUAUACUUGAAAUAAAUGGUGUAGUCUA